UAUCGUAGCAGGUACUCCAUACUGUUUAAUAUCGGCAGCUUUAAAAAUGACACAAAUUUCUUUGACCCCGAUGGGAUCACCUAUUUUUGAUAGUCGCUAUUCUUUUGAAAGCGUGAGGAUCUGGAAGGUAGAUCAAGUAAAUUCCUGGUUGAAAGAAAAUAACUUUAAGGAAUACGAACAAUUAUUCUGUGAGAAUGAUAUUACUGGAGAUGUUUUGUUAGAGUUGGAUCAUCAGAUUUUGAAGGAACUAAAUAUAGUAAAAAUUGGUGAUCGCGUUCGCAUUUUGGUCGCUGUUAAGGCUUUAUUAAAAAGUUGCAUUAAUAAUAUCGGAAGAUAUCCAAAGGAAAAUAUUUCCCCUAUUUUUGACCGAUUCCCUGUGCAACUUACUCGAUCGAGUUCCUUGCCUCGAAAUUUAACGCGUACUAAUUCAGGCAGAAAUGGGAGAAGUGAAAAUUCUCCAAGAGAAAUCAAUUCACCUAGAGACCAAUCUCCUAGGUUACAACAUGUCAAGAAUCCUUCAGUCGACACACCAAAUAUGGCCGCAUAUGUAUCCAUCAAACAGCAUAUAAUCAAGGUUUAUGAUGUUUAUGAUGGUGAAGAACAUGAAUCUCGAUCAAUCGAUAUUCGAGAAGCUAACGAUGCAAAAUCUAUAUUAGCCAAAGUUCUAUACAAAUUUAAUAUUAGCGAUGAUGAGGCUGACAAAUAUUCAUUAUGCACCAAGUUGAAUGACGAUUCCUAUCGUAGUCUAACGGAUGACGAACUAGUGAGAAUAUGUAAAAAUCCAGAUAGACCUGAACGGGACCAUCUUAUACUACGUAAAGAUAUGUCAAGACAGAGAAAAUUGGAAAAGUUCUUUGGAGAAAGAUACGAAAAGAUUUCUGCAGGACCAUCACAUUCAAAAUUACAAAACUUUUUCGGACAACGUCCUCCAUCCGAAUUAAUUUCGUUAAAUCUUACGGAAUACUUUCCUGGGCAUAAUAGUGAAGAGUUGGAGCGCAGUGCUAGGAAUUCAAUAAGACGUGCAUCAAGAAUAUCACGACCAAAAUCGAAGCGAAUCUCGAGAUUCUUUGUUGACGAUGCAACUUUACCAGUACCAUCACCAAAAGAGUUAUCUGAAAUAACGAUAACAGAAGAACCUGAUGAAGCAUCUGAAGUAGCUGAAGAAGAUGAAGAUGAUGAAAUGCCUGAAGAUUGGAGUCCAGAUCAAGAUAGCGAGGACGAAUUUGAUGAUGACACUGACUCGGAAAAUUCAGUGCUGAAAUGGAUAAAAGGCGCAUUGAUUGGGUCUGGUUCGUUUGGUAGCGUUUAUCUCGGUCUCAACGCGGUUACAGGAGAAUUAAUGGCAGUAAAAUGUGUUGAACUUCCAACUGGUCAAUCGGCAAAUGAAGACCGGAAAAAAUCCAUGUUGGAUGCUUUACAACGGGAAAUUGCUUUAUUGAAAGAUUUACAUCAUGAGAAUAUAGUCCAAUAUCUUGGGUCGCAACACGAUGAAAAAAAUCUACACAUUUUCUUGGAGUAUGUCCCAGGUGGCUCAGUAGCUACAAUGCUCAAUAAUUAUGGACCAUUAGAGGAAACUCUUGUUCGAUCUUUUGUGAGACAGAUCUUGCAAGGAUUGAACUAUUUACAUGAACAAGAAAUAAUUCAUCGUGAUAUUAAAGGCGCAAAUAUACUGGUUGAUAUUAAAGGCGGAAUCAAGAUUUCAGAUUUUGGCAUAUCAAAAAAAGUAGAAGAUGAAUUUAUGGCUGCAACGUCAGCUCAUCGUCCUUCAUUACAAGGAUCCGUUUUCUGGAUGGCACCCGAAGUGGUAAAACAAGUGCAUUAUUCUACGAAAGCGGAUAUUUGGAGUUUAGGAUGUUUGAUAGUUGAAAUGUUUACUGGCGAUCAUCCUUUCCCCGGGUUUAAUCAAAUGCAAGCAAUGUUUAAGAUUGGUUCCUCUUGUUCUCCUGAAAUACCUGACAAUAUAUCACCUGACGCAAAGGAAUUCCUAGCGAAAACAUUUGAACCUGAUCACGAGCAUCGUCCCACAGCAAAUGUAUUAUUAACUCACGCGUUCGCUGCUUCAUCGGUAAAAUCGUCGCCACAACCAUCCCCAAUGUGGCAUACACUCUCACUUCAUCUCCAAGAAAAAAUAAUUGCCACAGUAAUGGCUGACGAUUUCGAACUUUCAUUUGAAGAUCAAUUUGAGGAUCAUUCCGUUCAUUCCGCUGUUGACUCGGACACUACUCCAUCUAGGUCUAACUCUAUUAAACUUAAAAAAGGCCAAGGAAAUACCGACAGCCAACGUAGAAAAGAAAAACGACGGUCAAAGUUAUGGUAUGAGAAAAACUCUCAAGGGCAAAGUGAUAGCGAGGCGAGUACAGGUACUCAAGAAACAAUACCAACUGCCAUCGUCAUCAAAAAUAUUCCAUUUUCCAUAAAAAGAGACGCGCUUCUAGCCAUCCUUAACACUCUCGAUAUUCCAAAACCUUACGCUUUCAACUAUCACUUCGAUAACGGUGUUUUUAGAGGGCUGGCAUUUGCCAACUAUCGUACACCAGAAGAAACUGAUCUCGUAGUAUCUGCAUUAAAUGGAUAUGAGGUCUCUGGUAGGAAACUCAGAGUUGAAUAUAAACGUGUUCUACCUGCAGCAGAAAGGGAGGCAAAAGAAAGAGAAAAGGCUGAAAAACAAAAGGCUGAUAAUGGUGGCGUUAAUAUAAAAGAGCCACAGCUUGAUCUGAAUGAUCCAGAAACUCUAAAAUUUUAUGACCAAGUUAUAAUCUUCCGUGAUGACAAAACCCGCGAGGAAUUGGUAUUUUCAAAAACGCUUACAAGUGCUCAUCGUCAUACAGUACAUCUUAUUGCCCAAAAGCUUGGACUGUACCAUUACAGUGAAGGUGAAGGUGAUGAGAGAGUUCUAAAGAUUGUGCGCAAACCAGCCUCAGCUGCCAUCAAUAUCAAGCAAACACCUUCGCGAAACGGUUCAUAUGGCAGACGUGCUGCAACACAAUUGCUGGCAAGCGCUGGAUUGUCCGAAAGUCCAUCUAAUAGAUCUAGUAGAGGUGACGUUUCACCACUUUCACGAUCGCCUUUCCGAAGAUCUUGGGUUCCCGAUGGUAUUCCUAUUGUUUUUCCUAUUCGGCAACCUAGAGGUCCAGAUCCAACACAGAAUUUUACUUUUCGCCCUUCUCGCCUUAACGCAUCGGCUAUUCCAUUUGGGGUGGUAGAUGAUACGGAAACAACGUCAGACUACUCUGAACAUCGAAAAUCCGACCUAUUUGAUGUGCAUCCACCCGCUUUUCAAUCUAUUGCAUCGUAG